GGAAAGUUAAUAAUACGAGCUACCUACAGUAUACUGCUAGUUGUUGACACUGAGUCACUGACAAACUAUCCAAUUAUUACUCAUACUUACGAGACACCGCAGCUGAUAGCAACAGCUGAUAAGUACUCCAUAGACAGGACGAAUCAUCAGGAGCCAACAAGGCCUAAGCAUCAAGAGGUUUCUUCACAAGCCGAAGCCAUAGUGCCUGAGGAACCUAGGCAAGGAGUAGAAGCAAGCAAGCUCAUGGCGAUUCCCAAGGUCGACCUGCGCGCGCUGGAUCCCAGCAGCCCUGGGUGGGCCUCAGCCCGUGCUGCGGUGACCGCGGCCAUGCUGGAGAACGGCUGCGUUGUCGCCGCGUGCGACACGCUCGGCCCGGGGCUCCGGCGGGCCUUGUUCGAGCGUGCCAUGCCGGAGCUCUUUUCGUUCCCUGCCGAGACCAAGCAGCGGAACGUCUCAUCCGACGCUGCGCUGAGGGGCUACGUCGGGAAGCUUGCCGGCCUCGACUUCGAGAGCUUUAACGUCGCAGCGGUCACGGAUCCCAGCAGUGUCCGCGACUUCAGCAGUAUCUUCUGGCCGCGAGGCAACCCGGAAUUCUGCGACACAGUUAUCUCGUUCGUCAGUACCCUGCUCAAACUGGAGCAUACGGUGGAGAAGAUGACCCUGGAUGGCCUCGGCGUCCGGGAAGAGAACAUUGCCGGCCACCGCCAGACGCUCACUCACAGCCUUCGCCUGUCACACUACAGCGUGCCAGAGGAGCCGAAGAUGGGCGUGACCCUGCCAAGGCACACUGAUCCUAGCUUCACGACGGCGAUCGUGCAGCAUGAGGUGGAAGGCCUCGAGGUGCAGGCCAAGGAUGGGAGCUGGAUCACCAUCCCUCCCGAGGCGGACACGAUCACCAUCAUCGCCGGCGACCUACUCACAGUGGUAACAAACGGGAGGGUACCCGCGUGCAUUCACCGUGUGAAAACGGCGAGCAAUCGCGAACGCUUCUCGGUGCUGUUCACCGCCGUGGCAAAGAACGGAGCUGUAUUGAGUCCCAUGGAUGAACUUGUCGACCGGGACCAUCCUCUGAUGUACAACCCCUUGAAGACAGAUGAGUACGUGGUGUUCCGUUACUCGGAGGAAGGGCUCAAGGUAAGCAAUCCAUUGGAGGAGUUCUGCGGAGUGCACAAGAGUGGAUCGUCCACGGAGUGAUCGUAGCCCUACUCACAAUGUCAUGUGGCUACGAUCUGUCCCUAGAGUUGUUGCUUUUAAUUUCCUACUUUCUGAUCAAUGAAUGGCAAAUAUCACAUAUGUAAUGAAUAAAAUGUUCCUUGUUUAUGUAUUGUUCUCAUGGGGGAAUAAUGUUGAGAAAACUAUUUUGUACCAUAAUUUCAGACA